AUGUCUGCAAGUCAUUCACAAGCCUGCUCCUCGUCCUUCACGGCACUAAGCCCGGACCACGAGUUUUUUCGCUUUACGCGUGGCCGAUUCGCCCGGAACGAGGCUAAUGAGAUGUCACAGAGAUACAUUUACUUUGACGUUGAGGAGUUGGCCCGUAUCGGGGCGGCCGCUGUGCGAACCGUAUGCGAAACACCUGUUUCCAAAGUAUAUUCAUGGAACUCGAAACCAAACCCCGUAGGUGCGGAGUAUAUCGUUAUGGAGAAAGUUCCAGGCGUGCCGCUGGAUUCGGUAUGGUCUAGCAUGAAAUUCGAGGACCGCGUUGCGGUAGUAAAAUCCAUUGCCCGGCAUCAAGAAGCGUGGAUGUCUGUUUCGUUCGGUCACUUCGGUGGUUUGUAUUUCGCACAAGACCUCGAUGACCUAAGACACGAAAGCAUGUCUUACGAAAAGGGAGGAGUCACGAAAUUGGAUGAAACGUUUGCAUCGGGCCAUCCACAGGGAGAGAGAAUAUUGAUAACGGCAGGAGUAUGGCUCAAUUUGACUGUGGACCAUUACCUUACAGCCAUAGGCCGUCGAGAGAUCGCUUGUGUCAAAACGCUCCCGAUUCUGCCCAAAUCAUCGGUUCCACUAUACGGUCCAGGGACGUACCGGCCCACAAAGGCAAAGAAACUCCGAGCUCUGGAGAGCUAUCUCACCAUGAUUAAAAACCUGCGUCCAGUUGACAAUUCUAUAACAUCAUGUCUCUGGCAUGGUGAUAUCCAUGUCGAGAACAUUUUCGUGGACUCUAAAUCCCCCAGAGGAAUGGUCGGAAUCAUUGACUGGCAAUCCACUGAGCUAGCUCCGUUAUUCCACCAUGCACGGCAGCCUCCGAUUCUGGACUAUGAUGGGCCUCACCUUCAUGGCCUCGAACGGCCCAGCUUACCGGAGGAUCUGCCCGGCCUGGACACUGAAGCUCAGAGGGAAGCCAUAGCUCUCUACUUUAAACAAGUCUUAUGUGCAUUAUACAGAACGUUCAUCCAUAAAACGAACCCACGACUGUACUGCGCGCUAGAAGUGAGACAAAGCCCUACCUUUGACCUCUUGCUUCUUGCUCGAAACCUUCUGAUCGACGGUGAAGCGACCUACCUUGUUCGCAUCGUUGAGCUAGAGAGCACAUGGGCAGACCUUCUCAUAACCUCGAAUGACAAGGCUUGUCAGUACCCGUUCCUUUUUUCCGAUGAAGAAAAGGCGGAGAUCGAAAGAGACGUCAAUGGAUCGCUACUCGGUAUGCAAGCAUUGCAGAGCGCCAAGGAAAGCCUAAGGGAUUUGUUUCCGGAGCAAGGGAUUGUUAGACCAGAGCAGUAUGAGGAGGCUAAAGACGCUCUACGCCAGGGUAAACAAUUUAUCAUACGAGAAUUCGCCCGGGAUCAAUAUGAAGAGAAGGUGUGGGAGGAAGAAUCGCCAUUCGACAAUUGA